UCUCUCACUCUUUUCUCUUCUCACUGUGUGAAAAUCGCCAACAAAAAUUCUUUCAUGGAGGUUUUGGUUGGUAGAAAACCCUAGCUCUGUUACAGACUACACUAUGACGGUGACCUUACCGUCGAUUGCCACGCAGCCGCCACCGCCGACCAUCGGAUUAUGGGAUGGCGUGGUGGAAAUGACGAAGUCUGCUCAAAUUAAAGGAACUGAUCCGUUGAUUUGGGCGGUUCAGCUCUCAUCUAGAUUAUCGUCGGCCGGAAUCUCGAUGCCGUCGACGGAGGUUGCUGAGUUUCUCGUUUAUCAUAUUUGUUGGUCUAAUAAUGUUCCAACUGCCUGGAAGUUUCUAGAAAAAGCGAUCGCUCUUAGAAUCGCUCCGCCAAUGCUCGUUCUCGCUCUUUUGUCCAACAGUGUAAUCCCGAAUCGAAGAAGCCAACCUACUGCCUACAGGCUCUAUCUAGAGCUUCUCAAAAGACACAUUUUUUCAUUAGCUUCCGAAGUUCAUGAUCCAAAGUACCGCAAAAUCAUGGAAUCUAUAGAUGAUGUUCUUCACCUCUCUGAGAAAUUUGGCAUUUUUUCUGGUGAACCUGGGCUUCUACUAGUUGAAUUUAUUUUCGCAAUAGUGUGGCAGUUGCUUGAUGCAUCACUAGAUGAUGAAGGCUUGUUGGAACUUGUACCUGAGAAGAAGUCUAUGUGGCCAAUUAAAUCACAAGAGAUGGAAAUUGAUGACCAUAAUAUUGGAAAAAAGCAAAUUGAUCGCCAUGACAGAUUGUACAAAACAAAUACCACAUUGGCCAUUGAGAUCAUUGGAGAACUUUACCGACACAAAGUAACUUCCAGGAUCCUGUGCUUGGCAUAUCGAAAUAUGCCCAUACAUUGGGGAUCUUUCAUUUAUAAUUUGAGACUGCUGGCUGCAAACUCAAUAUCUUUGAGAAAUUCCAAAGAUAUUACCCCUGAGGCUCUUUUGCAGUUAACAUCAGAUAGCUGUGUGUUACUGUCACAGGAAUGCAAAUCAAUAUCAUUGCAACAGUUCCAUGCAUUAAUGGCUUCUGGAUCACUUGUAUCGUCUACAGGUCCAAGUCAUGGUGCUAGUCGCUCAGCUAUUUGGCUUCCAAUUGAUCUGUUCCUUGAAGACACCAUGGUGGGAUCUGUGGUGGCUACCACAAGUGCAGCUGAAACUCUUGCUGGUCUACUGAAAGCCCAUCAAGCAAUCAGUCAGGCUUCCUGGCAGGAUGCAUUUCUUGGUUUAUGGAUUGCAGCUUUACGGCUUGUUGAAAGGGAAGGAGAUGCCGUUGAGGGCCCAAUACCUCGUCUCGAUACAUGUUUAUGCCUGCUAUUAUGUACAACAACCCUUGCAAUUGUCAGUAUUAUUGAUGAAGAGGAGAGUGCUCAUUUUGAGGAAGAUGAGCACGAGCAGAGUCACAUGCAUUUCCGGAGCGAAACACGGGUUCUUGGGAACUGUCGUAAGAGCCUAGUUUCCAGCCUACAACAAUUGGGUGAUUAUGAAGGCUUAUUGAUCCCACCACCAUCUGUAACUUCUUUAGCAAAUCAAGCAGCUGCCAAAGCGAUUAUGUUUUUCUCGGGUCUAGGAGUUGGAAGUGGUUACCUUGACAAUAUAAGCUUGAAUGACAUGCCCGUCAAUUGUUCCGGAGACCUGAGACAUCUGAUUGUGGAGGCUUGUGUUGCAAGACAUCUAUUAGACACAUCGGCAUAUCUAUGGCCCGGCUAUGUCAAGGGACACGCCAACCAAAUACCUCACACCGUUGCUAGCCAGAUGCCUGGCUGGUCAUCGUUGAUGAACGGGUCCCCUUUAAGUCCUCCAAUGGUGCAUGCUUUGGUUUCAACUCCAGCUUCAAGCUUAGCUGAAAUUGAAAAAAUAUUUGGAAUUGCAACCGAUGGCUCAAACGCUGAGAAGAUCUUUGCUGCUACUAUUCUGUGUGGAGCGUCAUUAACUCGUGGUUGGAAUAUUCAGGAACAUACUGGAUUUUUCAUCAUUAAGCUGCUUUCACCUCCGGUUCCCCGAGAUUAUAGUGGGAGUGAGAGUCAUUUGAUAGCUUCUGCUCCCCUUCUAAAUGUCCUUCUUGUUGGGAUAACAUCUAUCGAUUGCGUUCAGAUUUUUUCUUUACAUGGCUUGGUUCCACAGCUUGCUGGUGUCUUGAUGCCCAUAUGUGAGGCCUUCGGAUCAUGCUCACCCACGGUUUCUUGGCCUCUUCCAACCGGGGAACAUUUAUGCCCUCUUGCUGUCUUCUCAAAUGCCUUUACUCUUCUGUUGAAAUUAUGGAGGUUUGAUCAACCACCUCAUGAGCAUGCGAUGAAAGACGUAACUCCUGUCGGGUCUCAACUAACACCCGAAUUCCUCUUGCUGGCACKCAAUUCCCAAUUAACAUCAUGCGGAAAUUUGCUUAAAUCCCAAAAGAAACGUAAGAGGUUUCUAAGGCAUUGUGAUCCGUCAUCCGUACGUCCCGUUUUCUUGGAUUCUUUUCCGAAACUGAAACUUUGGUACCAACAGCAUCAAGCGUGCAUUGCUUCGACUCUCUCUGAUCUUAAACAUGGAACACCGGUGUACGAGAUCUGUGAUGCCCUUUUGAAUAUGAUGUUUAGAAGAACGAAUAUUGGUUGCCAAUCCUUGAAUCCUUCAACAUCUGGAAGUAGCGAUUCAUCCGGAUCUGAGGACUACACUCUUCGUCUUAAACUUCCUGCUUGGGAUAUUCUUGAAGCUGUUCCAUUUGCGCUCGAUGCUGCAUUAACAGCAUGUGCCCAUGGAAGAUUGUCUCCCCGUGAACUCACUACUGGACUCAAAGAUCUUGCGGACUUUCUUCCUGCUUCUAUGGCAACUAUCGUAAGCUACCUUUCGGCUGAAACGACAAGAGGUCUCUGGAAGCCUGCUUCGAUGAAYGGAACCGAUUGGCCAAGUCCGGCCACGAACUUGUCCAUGGUCGAGAAAACUAUAAAUAAAAUAUUGGCUGCAACUGGAGUCGACGUUCCCAGUCUUUCUGCAGGCGGGACCUCUCCAGCUACUCUUCCUUUGCCUCUUGCGGCCCUAGUAAGUCUCACGAUAACCUACAAAGUCGAUCGAGUCUCCGAAGCGGUACUGAACCUCGCGGGCCCAGCGUUAAGCACCCUCGGUACAGGUUGUCCAUGGCCAUGCAUGGCCAUCAUAGCCGCUCUAUGGGCUCAAAAGGCCAAACGAUGGACCGACUAUCUUGUUUUCUCCGCAUCCCGAACCGUGUUCCACCACAACAACGAUGCCAUAGUCCAACUUCUCCGAGCCUGCUUCCAAUCAACUCUUGGUCUAAACUCUUCUCCCAUCGUUUCAAAUAUCGGUGGAGUCGGUAAUCUUCUCGGUCACGGUUUUGGGUCCCACUGUUCCGGCGGGAUCGCGCCGGUGGCUCCGGGACUCCUCUACUUGCGAGUCCAUCAUAGCGUCAGAGACGUCAUGUUCAUGACCGAAGAAAUCGUCUCGUUAUUGAUGCAUUCCGUCAAAGAUAUCGUAUCUACCAGUGUACCGAUCGAAAAACUGAAAAACCCGAGAACCGGGAUGAUCAUGAGAUAUGGUGAGGUUUCUCUUUCUGUAGCCAUGACUCGGAUCAAGCUAGCCGCCACCCUGGGUGCAUCGUUGGUUUGGAUCACCGGUGGGUUAAACCUAAUCCAAACCCUGAUCAAGGAAACAUUACCCUCAUGGUUCAUAUCGGUCCACCAGUCGGACCCAACCAAAGGCAGUUCAGGUGGGAUGAUUGGGAUGCUCAAAGGCUACGCUCUCGCAUACUUCACCAUUCUUUCCGGCGCGUUCGCUUGGGGUGUCGACUCCGCUUUGUCAGCAUCCACCAAGCGUCCGCUCAUCCUCGGGGCCCACCUCGAGUUCAUGGCUCGGGCGCUCGACGGCAAGAUUACACUCGGUUGUAAGAAAGCAACAUGGAGGGCUUACGUUUGUGGGUUCAUUAGCUUGAUGGUUUCGUGUAUGCCGAUGUGGGCCCGUGAGGUCAAUGUGGAUGUGUUGCGGAGUGUGAGUAAAGGGUUACAAAAGUGGGAUGAGGAGGAAUUAGCGAUGGCGCUGCUCGGAAUUUCCGGGGUCGGUGCAAUGGGUGCAGCUGCUGAAUUUAUCGUAGAAUCUUCGAUGUGAUUCUAUUUACCAUUUAGGCGUUUUGUACAUAACUCAUUUUGUCUCUUCAAAAUCUUGACAAGCAACCUCAAAAGGUUAGUCUGAUGCACCCUAAAAAAUAAACCUCAAAAGCGGAAAAUGGAAUUCAUUACAGCAAUUGGUUAUUAUGAUGCAUCUAUGAGUAAAUUACG